AUGACCCCUCACGUAGACCCCCAAAGGGACCUGCGUCAGGCUCUGAGCCACAGCCUGGAGCCCAGGAAGGACAAGGCAGAAGGAAAAAAGUCAACAAGAGACCGAGAUGCCCAUGGAGACUGUGGAUCAGGGAAUCUGAGUGAGGCUCGGCAGGAGGCAGGCAGAGGGCCUUGGAACCACUCCUCCACCACUGGCUUUGUCCUCACUAGACUUUUCAAUGAGAGCCAGAUGCACCUGUUCCUCUUCAGCAUGGUGGUGCUGGUCUACAUCCUCGCCAUGGCUGGCAAUGCCACCAUGGUCCUCCUGAUCUGGGCCGAUGCCCAGCUCCACAAGCCCAUGUACUUCCUCCUCAGCCAGCUGUCCUUCCUGGACAUCUUCUUUUCUUCAGUCACUGUCCCCAAGAUGAUAGUGGCCUUCCUCUUUGAUUGGACGAGCAUCUCUUUUGGGGGCUGUGGGGCACAAAUGUUUUUCUUCAUGUUCCUGGGAGCUGCAGAGUGUCUCCUGCUGGCCCUCAUGGCCUAUGACCGCUAUGUAGCCAUCUGCAACCCUCUGCGUUACCCAGUGCUUAUGAGCCGUCGCGUCUGCCUGCUCAUGGUUGUGAGCUCCUGGCUUGGAGGGUCCCUCAAUGCCUCCAUCCAGACCUCGCUAACCCUGCAGUUCCCCUACUGUGGCUCACGAAAGGUCACCCACUUCUUCUGCGAAGUGCCUUCGCUGCUGAUGCUGGCCUGUGCAGACACAGAGGCCUAUAAGCAGGUGCUCUUUGUGACAGGUGUGGUGGUCCUCUUGGUGCCCAUUGCCUUCAUCACCACCUCCUACGCCUUCAUCUUGGUGGCUGUGCUCCAGAUGCGCUCUGUGGAGGGGCGUCAGAAGGCCCUGGCCACCUGUUCCUCCCACUUGACAGUAGUCAACCUCUUCUAUGGGCCACUUGUCUACACCUACAUGUUACCUGCAUCCUACCACUCUCCUGGCCAGGAUGAUGUUGUAUCUGUCUUCUAUACUGUUCUCACACCCUUGCUCAACCCUGUCAUCUACAGCCUCAGAAACAAGGAAGUGACUGGGGCAAUGAAGAAGAUCAUAGGAGAGUGUGGUGUCCGUAAGAAUGCUUGA